AUGGCUGAAAGGUUGGCUGAAAAGGACCACAAUUCCUGGGCUCAGAGGAAGAAGCUGGAAGGCUCAAAAAUGGAUGGCAAGGACGCGGAUGUCGAUUUCCCAGCCAGCGCCAAGUGUUUUGGUGCCACUCUCCUCCUGCGCCUGCUGUCUUCCACCGAAGAGGCCCAGGAACACAUGUUGGAACUGGAGGUGAUGCAAGCCAGAGGACAGACUUCCAAAGGAGAGGCAGCGUCACACCAGCAACCUGUCCACUUUUUCCUGAAGGUGGUCCUUCCUCUUUUGGAAGAAUAUGUGAGAAGCCAGCGACUUUAUUUCCUGUCGGUGUCCCUCUACUCCGACACCAGGGGAAGCAGUGCCUCCAAAAAGGAGAAGGAAAUGAUUGUAAGCCUCUUUUGUAAGAUUCCAGCUCUCAUUGGAAACGAAAGCUCAGUGGUCACAAACUGCCUCCAGGUGUUGGCCCGAGCGUUGGAUGCCAGGUCCAGUUGGCAGCAGGAGAGAAGUCCUGAUGCUGAGCAGAUGUUCAGGUCUUUACCUUCUGGGCCAAGUCUCACGUCAGGCUUUUCUCUUGUCACUCUCAAAGUGGGCGGACCUUCAGGACUCAUGCGUGUUUUCCUCACACUGCAGAAUUUCAAGUGGGAGGAGCAGAACUAUGUGGUCCAAAACCACAUCAACAAUUUGGCUUUCUUGUCAAAGCUGGACUACGAUGAGAGGGCGAUGAAGAAGAAGGGCGAUCGUUAUUCGGUGCACACCUCCCUCAUCAUGGCGUGCGUGAAAAGGCUCCUCCCAGUGGGACUCCGGCUUUGUUUACCCGGCGACUGGAGCCUCGUCUCGUUGGCUAAAAGUGGUUUUGCUCAGAACCGUGGCUUUGCAGUGGUGGCACCACUCAUGCAUCCCCGAACCGGCUCUUUAGGCUCUGCAGGCGACAUUAGCGGCGUGUUGACUCAUUUCCAGUGGACAGUGAGUCUGCAGGAGUUGUACACUGACUACUCUAAGAAAUAG